CGAGAAACGGGGGCGACCACCUUCCCAACUUCCAACAGCAGCGAGCGACCCAGCCAGGCGCCCGCUCGCCGCCGCUCCCGCUCCUCUUCCCCCUACCCUCCUCCUCCCUUCCCGAGGGCGGCUGGUCGGCAUCGCCGGCGGCUCCACGUCUCUCUACCCUGCCCGGCGAGCGCGCGUGCCCGCUCGCGAUCUGCUAGGGUUCCCUCCGGCGGGGCCCACCCAUGUCGGCGUCGGCGGCGGCGGCCUCCGCGGCGGCGCUCCUCCUGCUUCCCCUCCUCGCCGCCGCGGGCGAGGGGUCGGUAUGCCCGAGGCCGCCCGCCGCCGCAGCCGUCCUGCGCCACGCGCCCGCCUCCUGCACGGCGGCGGACGCCUCGGGGCCCCGGCGUCGCCACGCCGGCGUCGUGGAGGGUGAUGAUGGGGCUCUGCAAAAGGCAAUAGCACUUGUGCUGCAUAACAGGGAGGAUUUUGUUGCUAUUCUCUUUUAUGCUUCGUGGUGUCCUUUUUCUAAAAUUUUCAGGACUGAUUUUCAAAAGCUAUCGUCCUUUUUCCCGACAAUUGCUCAUUUUUCUUUUGAAGAAUCUCAUAUCAAACCAAGAAUAUUGUCAAGGUAUGGAGUUCGUGCCUUCCCGACUCUUUUCCUUGUGAACUCUACAAUGCGUGUUCGCUAUCAUGGAUCUCGGACGAUGAAUUCCCUUGCUAUGUUUUAUAAAGAUGUUACAGGUAUGAAUCCUGUGUCAUUGGAUGCAUUAUCCCUGGAGAGAGUGGAGGAUACGGUAACUACAAUUGAUAAUGACAAAAAGAGCGAAAUGGAAGAUUCUCUGUUAUCAUGGGCAAGAUCACCGGACAGGUUACUUCAUCAAGAUACAUGUCUUGCGCUGGCUAGCUCUUUUGUCCUCUUGCGGUUGCUUCAUUUCAUUCUUCCCAAGCUCAAUGCAUGCAUGAAGCAAGCCUGGAGGAUGCGACUUUAUGAAUUGAAUAGGUUGUUUCCUAGCUUGUCUUGAGGAAGGCAACGUGGACUUGGAAACUUGAAUUGACUGUCUAAGCAAGGCAGCUUACACACAAGUGAUGCAUGCAGGAAACGAGAUCAUGAGGGGUUGGGGUUCUGUCAAUGUCAGCUCAAAGGCUAAUUAACAUUUAUGUCUCAUGGCUGACUAGUGAAAAAGAUAGUUCUAGCAGCUCUGUAUCUGAAGGUCUCAUCUAUGUAUGUAGCAUAUCCCCUCCAUCUCAAAUUCUGCGUGUUAAAAUUAUUUGGUCUUUCUUUGGGAGAUGUCUUGAUACAAGCUCAAGUGGCAUUCUUGGAAAUGCUGACGUAAAUGGUGAUCAUCUGUACCAACAGUACCCUGUACCCAUCGUCCUCUGUGCAAAUUCAAAUUUGUAACUUGUCAUGUAUUGUAAGAAAGAUGGUUCUUUUAGGCUAGUCAUAGGCAUGGCAUGAUUAGUAUGUUUGUGAUUCACAAACUUGAGGGGAUUCAUACUGUCUUUAUAUUUCACAGGAACACAGCCCUGUUGACCAACUGGUUGUUCUAGUGAAGUUUACUGGAUGUAAAGGAAAUUACUGGGUCACAUUGAUGUUGACCAACUGGUUGUUCUAGUGAAGGAAAUUGCCGGGUCACAUCGACAUAAAA